UCAGAGCAUGAUAAACAUGCAGUUUGAUAAAACAUGCAUCUAACUGUGAAAAAUAUAUGAAAAUACUUAAGAGUGCAGGGAAUUUGGGUCUUUCCCUUUCAAUGUGUUUAUUGUGAGUUAAAUGAAUGUCACAGCGGGUUGCCAUGGCCAGGUUAAAAGCAGCCGAUCCCAGUCAUGCAAUUUCCGCGCUAUUUGUUAUCUAAUUGGGUCAGACUUUUUGAAAAACCCACGCCAGUAUACAAAGAGCAAGGAUUUAGAAUGGGGGGAUAUUUCCGAAUUAUGCUUGCCUUUGUUCGACUGUCGUUCCUCUUAUGGCUGUAUGCCUCCAUUUGCUGUGUACAAACAACAUCUCCCGCCCAGUUCAUGGACGACAUCAGUGGGUACAGAAGUGCAUGCAAAACAAUAGGAUGGGAGCCAAAGAAAGAUUGUACUGUUUACAAUGUCAUUGCCUUCCAUGCAAAUCUGAAUUCUAACCUUAACAACCUUUCCCCAAAUACAACGAUGAAAUUCGAAAAUGUCCAGUUGAACAAAGGCAAUGGCUAUGACCCCGCAACAGGUAUGUUCACUGCACCAGAGGAUGGAGUAUACUCGUUCACGUGGUCAUUUUUGACAAAUAAACGAGGUACAGUGUACAUUGCUGCUGUCGUGGACAAUGUUGAUCACGUGCAUACUUGCAUUAACAAUCAACAAAGUACCUACAUCAAUACGUCAGGUCACCUCAUUUACGAGCUGAAAAGGGGCAAUAAAGUAUGGAUUAGAACUUGGUACCUUACCGCCACAUUUAUUCACGGUGGUUACUAUACUUACUUUUCUGGAAGCAAGAUAAAUUCGAGUUGAUGUAAAAGCGCUUAUACUGACUUCUUGUCAUAGAAUGAUUGAAUUUCUUCGGAAAUAAAAAUUGCACGACAAAGAUGAAUAAAUUGAUACAUGAACGUUUUC